ACUCAGAGAAAGUGAAGAAAAUAGUCAAUGUGGAGAAAUCUUCACCCAGAUUCCAGAUCAUAAUCUGAACAAAAAAAUCCCAACUGGAGUAAAAUCACAUGAAUGUAGUGUGUGUGGGAUAGUCUUUAUGCCUCAUGCAUCCCUUAACAGUCCCAUCGGAUCCCACACUGGACAGGAAUUGUUUGAGUAUCAGGAAUAUGAAGGAAAGCCAUAUAAGUGUAAGCAGUGUGAGAAAGCUUCAAGUUACUACUGCUCUUUGCAAUUUGAUGACAGCAGUCAUGCUGGAGAGAAACCUUAUGAGUGUCAGGAGCAGGAGAAAACCUUCAUUUCCCUCACUAGCCUCGGAGGAUAUGUGAUAACACAUGCCGGAGGUGGACCACAUAAAUGCAGCAUGUGUGGAAAAGGCUUCCAGUAUCCCAGUUCACUUAGAGUACAUGAACGGACUCACACUGGAGAGAAGCCAUAUCAGUGUAAACAGUGUGGGAAAGCCUUCAGCUGCUUGGCUUCAGUUCGAAGACAUCAAAGAACUCACACUGGAGAGAAACCCUAUAAAUGUAAGGAGUGUGGGAAGGCUUUUAGUUCACUCUCAGGCCUUCAAGGACACAUGAUAAGGCACACUGGAGGUGGACCUUAUAAAUGUAAGGAAUGUGGAAAAGCCUUCAACUCUCCCAGUGCACUUAGAAAACAUGAAAGAACUCACACUGGAGAAAAACCUUAUCCAUGUAAACAUUGUGGCAAAGCCUUCAUUUGUUCAACUUCAGUUCGAAAACAUGAAAGGAGUCACACAGGAGAAAAACCCUAUGAAUGUAAGCAGUGUGGGAAAGCCUACAUUUCUCUCUCAGGCCUUCAAGGACACAUGAUAAGACACACUGGAGUUGGACCUUAUAAAUGUAAAUUUUGUGGGAAAGCCUUUGGCUUUCCCAGUGCAGUUCUAAGGCAUGAAAGUGCUCAUGUUGUGUAGAGUUCUGUGACUAAAGAGUGUGGGGAAGCCUUCAUUUCUUCUUCAGACAUUUCAGGACAAGUAAUCACAUACACUGAACUGAUACUAUAAAUUAAAUGUAAGGUAUUCAAGAAAACCUUUUACUGUCCUAGUUCACUUUCCUAGUACAGAAAGGAAUUUGCACUGGAGAGAAACCCUGUGUAUGUAAUGAAUGUGGGAUAGCCUUAGACCUUCAAAAGCUUAUUAGGAAUGCAUGCAAGGGCUCAUGUUGGAGAAGAAUUCUUUGAAUAAAAAGCAAAGUAAAAUCUUCAGUUUUCCCAGUUCCUUUGAAAACAUGGCAAAAAUUUAUGGUGAAGUCUUUAGUUUUACUUUCUGAUAUAUGUAAGAGCUCAUACUGGAGAGCAACCUUAUGAAGGUAAUAAAUGUGGGAAAGUAUAUUUCUAACUGUCACACUUAUGGAAGAGAGAAACCUGUGUGGAAAAACUUUUAUUCGUCGCACAAAAUUCAGCAUAUGAGAGAAUGCAUAAUGGUGAAAUACCUUAUGAAUGCCAGGGUGUUAGAAUCCCUCCAUCCUUCCAGUUCAGUUCAAAGGCAUAUAUAAGUGUUGUAGAAAAGCCUUCAAUUGUCCCACAUUCUGACCAAAAUAUGUAGGAAUACAGAAUGAAUUAAAACUGUUCAAGGUAGUAUUUUCAGUGUGAAUCCAAAGCUUGUCUGGUUCUUUGAAAACAAAUUUUUUCCCCUUUAGGUUCUUUACACUGAGAAUAUUGUAUUUAAAGAUAAUAUUUCAAUGUAAUAUUAAGGAAAUAUUCAAAAAUAUGUACAGUGAAUUGAAAUCCUAAUUAUUUUUUUUAAAUAACAAAAAAAUUCAAUUUAACAAAUAUUUUGAGUCCUGUGAAAAUCCUAUAAAGAUAAUAUGGAAAGCUCAAGUGGAAGUUAAUUUUGUGUGUAAUGCUGAAGAAAAUUCCCAGCAUUGAAGAAAUAUUGUAAAAAUGGUAAAGGUAUUUAUUAUUUUAUCACUUUCUCACAUUUAUCAUUAAAGUGGAUCUGUAGACCAUGGACUUCUACUCCUUUUGCAAAUUAGCACAGGAGUGAGAUCGUUCUGUAAGUACCUGUAAAUAAUGAGUUUAACAGGUAAUGUUUUUAUUUUUAAGUCAGCUAAUAAUUUUUUUUUCACCAUUUGGAACCAUGCUGUUCUGUGUAUGAAUCUUAUGUGUAUUUCUUAUUUGCAGAUUGUUUUCAUUAUUACACAGUUUAAUUGUUCUGAGAUUAAUAGGCCACUGGAAAAUGAGUUUAAUUCUUGAAAUUUUUCUACUGGUUUCUUGUACCUAUUUUAUAUAUUCCAGCUUUCUUAUGGGAAAUGCUAAUUUAAAAAAAUUGGGACAGAAACAGCUUUAUUCAGUUUUCCUUGUUAAUAAAUAGUUGUCUUCAAUCUGUAA